CAGUGACGACAGCAGAACGCGACAGAUUGAGCAAGAUCUACAAAACACUUUUGAGUUUCUGUUCUUUUAAUUUUGUAACUAGGUAGCAUUGUCGAGGUACUACAACAGUGAUGGAAUGAGGCCGUAAACGGGUCUAUUCUAGACCUCAGUUAGAGAAGACAGAACCCAAAAAACGUUUCUUAUUGAGCUCUGCAAGCACGUAUGCAACGUUACAUCUCACAGUGAAAUAACUUACUGCCUUGGAUCGUAACCAUGACUUUGAGCAUGGACAUCAGCGUUUCUUUUCUCAAGUGCGAACUCGCCUCUACUAUCGACCAGGCGGUAAGAUGCGCCGUCGAAACGGUUUUAAAAGAAACAGCGCGAGUUGUUGGCAUAAAGCUGGCCGCGGCUCGUAAUGCAGCCGCAGAGUCGCACCGAGAGAACCAGACCCUGCGUGAGAGACUGGAGAUCUCCGAGAGCGAGCUGAAAGCAGUGCGCUACUACAUGACCGCGGCUGAAAAGAACAUCAAACAGUGCUUACUUCUUAACAGAAACCAGCCCGGGUCAAAUAUCGUGCGCCCAAACUCAGACGACGCACUCUUUGUGAUUCCGUCACGCGUUGCGGAUGGAAGCCCCACAGCACAGGCUCAGAGCAGAGAUUCCUCCCGCAAGAGCUUCCGAAACUCACCGGGAAGAAUUCACGGCCCUAAAAAUCUCCCUAGUGUUGGCCUCUGUCUUCCUACGGUGCAGUCAGAGUGGCCUCGAGAGUGUGUCAACCGCAGAAAGGCAAGAGGGUCCUCAGUAGCCAACAGUUCAGCACUCACCAGUGACCCCACGACCUCACAAACUCUUGUGGAAAACGGUUCUGCUCUCUUCAAACCAGAAGAUGAGCCAGAGGGUCCAUUUUACAUCACGAAUGAGGGUGAAAAAGACAGUGGUUCUGCAGUAGCAGAAACUGAGAGGAGACACAAAGAGCCAGAAAGUUCAGGCCCCUCUGCAAACCCACCAGAGGACCCAUCUGACAUGACAAAGUUUGAGUUUGAAAUGAGCACACCAGCCGGGAAUGUUAAUGAGCUGGAGCUGAUACAGGUGAUGGAGGACUCUGAUGAUGUCAAACAGGGCACCAUUAAAAUCGAAGAUGAUCCUGACUCACUUACAUUAGAUCCUCCUUCAUCAAAUCUAGCUGUGGCAUCUGCAUCCAACUCAGUGCAUGAGUUACCGCAAAUCUCCUCGCCUUCAGUGCGGGAGAGUGAAGGUGAUGCUUUGUUGGCAUUGGUACCACCUGUUAGUAGCGACUCUGGGUUCAGCAGGACUAUUGAGAGCCCUGAUAAAGUGCACCGCUGCAACAUUUGUGGCCGGGGGUUCAGACGUUUCUAUUGCUUGAAAACACACCAGCGCAUACACACAGGAGAGCGACCAUAUCCCUGCAGAUACUGCGAGAAACGAUUCCGCCAUUUGGACAGCUUACACAAGCACCAGCGCAUUCACACUGGAGAGAGACCGUACCGCUGUGCCGAGUGCGGAUGCUGCUUCAGAGAACUCGGUCAACUCAAAAAGCACAGACUCAAACACUCACCCACAUUUGCUCCGGUGGCCAAUCCCACCUUCCCUGUCCUCCCAGGCGGACCCUCCUAUGUCUGGCCACAUCUCAACACACAGUCUUUGGAUUCAGUCUAGGCAUGUGACGGUAUUUUCAAAUCAGGGACAUUAUAAUACAAUAAAACAACACAAAAUGUAUGAAGUAAACAAAUGUUUCAAACAGAUUAAAGUGCAAAGAGCAUAACUAUAAGGCAAGGUAUAGUUCACCCAAAAAUGAAAAUUACCCCAUGAUUUAUUCACCCUCAAGCCAUCCUAGGUGUAUAUGACUUUUUCAGACAAAUACAAUAGGAGUUUAAAUUAUUAAAAAAUGUCCUGGCUCUUCCAAGCUUUAUAAUGUCAGUAAAUGGGUGUUGAUUUUUUUAAAGUCUAAUAAAGUGCAUCGAUCCAUCAUAAUAAAAGGCCUUCUAAAGUGAAUCGACGCAUUUUUAUUCGAAAUAUAUCCUUAUUUAAAACUUAAAUUAAAACCGUCAUCUCUACCUAAUGGCAGUGAAUAGGUGUUGAAUUUUUUAAGUCUAAUAAAGUGCAUGGGUCCAUCGUAAAAGUACUCCACAUGGCUCCAGGAGAUUAAUAAAGGCCUUUUGGAGAUGCAUUUUUGUAUAAAAAAUAUCCAUAUUUAAAACUUUAGAAACCAUAAUCUGUAGCUAAUGGCAGUGAAUGGGCGUUGAUUUUUUUGAAGUCUAAUAAAGUGCAUCAAUCCAUCAUAAAAGUGCUCCACAUGGCUCUGGAAGUUUAAUAAAGGCCUUCUGAAGUGAAUCGAUACAUUUUGUUGUACAAAAAAUAUCCAUAUUUAAAAUUUUAGAAACCGUAAUUUCUAGCUAAUGGCAGUGAUUGGGUGUUGAAUUUUUGAAGUCUAAUAAAGUGCAUUGAUCCAUCAUAAAGAGUGCUCCACAUGACUCUGGGAGGUUAAUAAAGGCCAUUUUUGUAUGGAAAAAUAUCCAUAUUUAAAAUUUUAGAAACCGUCAUUUCUAGGUUCUGCUAACUGUCGUACUUGUGUUUACAAAAGAGUGGCGUUCCAGCGUAUGAUGUUUUUAUGAUGGGUUUAUACACUUUUAUUGGAUUUCAGAAUCUUAAACCCCAUUCACUGCCAUUAUAAAGCAUGGAAGAGACAGGACAUUUUUAAUAUAACUCUGAUUGUAUUUGUCUGAAAGAAGAAAGAAAGAAAAAUAUACACCUGGGAUGGCUUGAGGGUGAGUAUAUCAUUGGGUAAUUUUCAUUUUGGGUAAACUAUCCCUUUAAUAUUUGGUGUUGUUUUUAUAAAUACCAUAGCAAAUACAAAAUCUGAAUGGUUGUUUUGUUAAAUACUGUUUGACUUUGUUCUUCAGUCCAGAAACAAAUUUGCAUAGCACUGCUUUGUGUACAGGGGUAACUGUUGUAUUGCUGCUUUUCUGUAAGUGCCACUUACCGUCAGAAAGUGAAUUUCCAUUUCCAUUUAGCCUGUCUGCUUCUUUUUUCAAAACUCAAGACCAAAGUGAAAAUCAGACUAUUUUUUUUAAAUACAGCAUACACGUUGUAUCAUCAAUUUUAACUGGUUGAUGGAAAAUAAGCUAAUGUCCAGUCUAAAAGUCAGUACCCAGAAUUAUUCACUGUAUUUGGAAGUGUGCAUGAUUACAAUACUGUACGUUCAUUACCGCAGUGUACCGUGUUACCAAAUACCAGCACAUGUCUAAUUCAAUCAAAGGCCUAGUGAAGAGAAGAUGGAUACAUUUUAUGAAAAAAUAUGUUGUGGUGCAAAACUCAUCUCACAUAAAACCUAUUCAGUAACAGUUUGGUCCCAAAAACAUUUGGAGGUAUAUUAGAAGAUAUGUAUCUGCCUGAUUGUGUGAACAGUUUGUCCAUUACACAUAAACAUUUCAUUUAGAUCCAUAUGUACAAAAUACCUCAUCAGCAGUGCAGCAUAAGCAUAACGAGUUCAUGCAUAAAAACAACUUAAUGCCAGUGUUACAGUGCAAAACAUUUAAAUAGGUUCCAGCUGUGAUUAAACUUUUACGAUAAGGCAUUUUCUGGUCUUGACAAUUUAUUUUACUCACUCUGAUAAUGUGCAAAAAUGUGCAUCCUGCGUAAAUCAGAACUGAAACUAUUUAUGUACUUGGUAUAAAUGCAGCACUUGAAUGAUUUCAGUGCAAAAGUUGUGGCUUGAUAAAUAACGGCAGAAUGUACCACUACCCAUGUUAAGAUAAAACAGAUUUUUAAUGUAGACAUUUUUACUAGUAUGGUAGUACUGGGGGAAACUUUACAAUAGUUUAGUAGUACUAAAGUGCUUCUUUUUUGAAUUUUGAAUACAAAGGCCCAGUCUCACAGACGGGGUUUAGCUUAAGCCAGGACUAAGCCUUAGUUUUUAAGAUGUUUAAGAAGCUUUUAUAAAAAUGUUGUGAAGGAAAACGUUAAAGGUGUGCAUCUUGAGACAACGAUGGCGCUGAGAUAUUUUCAGUUGAGAAACAUUUAUUUUAGUCUGGGACUAGCCUUAAGCCUUGUCUGUGAAACUGAGCUAUAGUUUACUUUCUGCUACUUAAAAUUAAUAAAUGGGUAUGUGUGGUACUUGGUUUGAUAU